GGAUAUAACCACGAGCAAUGGAUUCGAAAAAAAAAUCCAAUAGAAGACAUGGAAAGAAGGGUGAAGAAAAGGGCUUUAUUUACCUGGUGCAUCGCGUUGUUUUUUCACCGCACAGCGGACGCGCGUCUGUGUGGUCUCGCAUUUUUCGUGUGUACAAAAAUCCGACAUCACGUAUCAGUACAUCAGUGUGAGAUUAACACAGCUGCGUCGUAAUACUAGAAGGUCACCGAUAUGCUGUUGUAACGAGUUUUCUUUAACUUUGGCUAAUCUCAGUUUUUCUAAACUGCAUCGAACCCGUUACAUAGUGCGUUGUAAAAACAAUAUAAAUAUGAAAAGCUUGAUGUGAGACCGUCAUCUGUUCAACAAGGCCAAAAGUUAAAAAGUGUGUAGGUGCAUUUUAAUUCAGCUAAUGCAUCACACAUAAACACGGCUCACCCACGCAAGCGCAUUCACGACAUUGGCACCAUACUGACUCUGUGUGUGUGUGUGUGUUUGUCACGAAUUUUGUUCCAUUCAGUGCACCCGUUCGUGACCCAAUUAGACAAGUAUAUUUUUCGGCAGUGCUACAUCAAAAACAUGUCUUCUUCGAUACACGAGAAGGAGCCAGCAAAUGGCAACGGAAUAACCGGCAUGCCACCAGCAGCAACGCAUUGGUACGGCAGCGGUACGAAUGGGACAGAUUUGCAGCGUCCCCGGAGGCUUUCGUUCAACGGAUCCGAUAUGGAGCUGUCCGACCUGAAGGGUGAUCCGGGCGUACAGGGGGCAAGGUCCGAAGAGCAGAAAAAUGCCAUCGAUACGAAACAAACGCUAAUCUUGCUCGCCAUCGCCACAACGCUUGCAGUUUCCAUCAAAUAUCUACUUCCGACCUUCGAUUUAGCAUCGUAUCGAUCGAUAGGUUCCAGAGUUGCCGUAGUGGCAGACAAUGUGUGGCAAGAUUUCUUAGACCGCUGCACCCGCCUUAAGCCACCGACAUUUUCGUGGAAGAUGGAACACUUCGUACAACAGAUAGCAACGGCAUCCCACGCGCUGUAUGCGGUCGGUUUUGGGCUGCUACUUUCAUCAUUCACCUGGUACAUCAUCUAUCUGGAUAGUAGCAUUCCAGGAGUGAAUCCACCGACUCCAUUCUCCGCUUCCAAGCAACGCUACCGUGGUGGACCAGCCAGUAAGGAACGAAGAUUUCACUUACCCUACAUAACGGCCCUGCUAAGUGGAGUGGUGGGAUUUUUAAUUGUUCUAUUCGUCAACGAGUAAGCGCAACCCCGGGCGAUCAGAGUGGAACGCGCCAACACCAUCUUCAACACUUCCGCAAAGUGCCUCGAAAUGUAAUAAUAUGAAAAUGGGGCUUGAAUUCUGCUUUCGCAUUCCGGCUUAAGUUUCGUGUUCGUUUUCGACAAACAUUGUACGCGUUUUGUGCACAAAAGAGCAGUAUCGUAUUUAUUUUAGAAUAAUUUUAUGUUUACUAACAGUUGUAAGGUUUAGGUUUUCGUUCGAUUUCUAACGAACAGAACUAACGCAUAAUUGUGCAUAUAGUAGGGAAAUGUGAAAAUCAUUUCAUUGUUGUUUAAAACAAAUCCUUUCAUGUCUGAUUUUGCUAGGAAGAGAAGGGUUCAGUUUCUCUUUUUUAUAUUCAUAUUGCAUUAGUACAAAUAAUACACGUGUUUGUUUUUCUAUUAUCGAAACAAGUUUUCUUCGUGCUCGAAUGAAAUAAAUUAAUUGUAAAAGAGUACAAUUACCAACCAUUA